CUCAGAUAACCUUGGAAUACCCAAAACAGUUCUCCAAGCAAAACAUCUCCAAACAGUCAAAAUAUAAAUAAUUUAUUUAUAAGCUACAUUACUAAGUGCUAGACAUUAAAAAUGAGUUUUUCCCACUUAUGUAAUCAUUAUGACUGCUGCUAAAAGCAAUCGCAAUCAACAAUGUAAAAAAUGGGAAAAGGAGAGGCGAGACCGCCUCAACGAGUCGUUCAACAGCCUCGCUAAACUUCUACCCUGCUAUGAACCUUCUAGCAACAUUUCAAAGAUUGAUAUUCUUAUCAAAUCAGCUGAGUACAUUUCAAAACUAAAAGCUAAGACUUGUGAUAAUAGUGAUAAAGUUAAAAAUGAUGAAAUUAAAGAAUUGAAUGUGAGGAUUGUUUAUUUAACUACUAGAAAUGAACAACUUGCAAAUUUACUCAAAGAUGCAAAUAUUAGCAUACCAAGUGAAUGUGGAGGGCAGAUUAGUGAUAAGACCAAGAAGUGGUCUGGAAAGAUUACUCCACAAAAGGCUGAUGAGAUCAACAAGUCUAAAAUUGAAAAGGAAAAUAAGUCUGCAGUUUCCAAUAAAAAGAAACCUAAUGUAACAGGAAGAGUUAAAUCCAUUAAAUUAGAAGAAAAGAAGAAAAAGGUGAAACGAAAAUCUAACAAUGCAAAAAUAUCAACUGCAAAUACAAGUGUUACAAGUAUAAGUCCGAUUAGUCGUGCGUGUUCAACGUUAACCAUCACAAAUGUUCAACCAGUACAGCCAUAUUAUAUUAUUGCGAAUAAUAUAGCAUCAACCAUUACAACUCAGGCAACCACUGUCAAAAAUGUGAUUACUACUCCCAUUUUGUCAACGACAAAUCAACCAAACAAAACUUUCCUCCUACCUGUUGUCCAACCUAAUACUUUACUAAAUCAAUCAUUAUUCAUAAACCCCACGCCAAGCAAUACAGUAUAUCUGGUUAAAAAAGCUGAUCAAUCUUUAUCUACUCCAACUAGUGUCAAAACUAACACUAAACUAGGUGGUAAACAGAAAAAGUUGGCUCUAUUGCGUCCAAAGCGUAGAUUAGGGAAUAAAAUCCAACUUCCAUCGACGAAGUUUGAUAGUUUAGUGCUCUGGUCGAGUUCCCCACAAGUCACAGUUAAGAAACGAACGAAAGUAAAAGCGAACAAUAAAAGAAAGAUUACAAAACCCGUUAAUGAGAAUAAAAACGAUAAUACCGAUAACAGUAAUGCCAAAAGCAUUAAAAAACCGAAGUUGAGUGAAGAUAUUGAUGCAGACAAUCAAGAUAAUUCAAAAAAACAAAGCUCGGAUUAUUCAAUCAACGCCAUAUGCAAAGAAAACGAGAGUCCUACCAGUAAAGAUAUAGAAAAAGUUAUAAACGAAGUGGUUGAGAAGGCAAAUCCUCUAGAUAAAGACUUAAAACAAAUUGAUCAAGUACAAUCAAAUCAAACGCCUGUGGUUUCAACGAAAACAAAAGAACAGUCUGACAUUACAAAAGAAUUACACAAACAAAUCAUCACUAAAGACAAUUCAGUCAAUAUAAGCAAUCAGGAGGUGGUUCAAAGUUUACCACAAAAUGGCGAUGUGAACAUGCAAACAAUGCAAAACACAAAUCAAAUGUUACACUCAAACCACCACACACAGCAAGACUUACACCAUUUACAUUCAGAAUUAUCUAACGAUAUAUUUGCCUCUCUGCAAGUCCAAGGCAGUCAGAAUCCCGAAUCAACAUCACCUACGGCUGCAUUCUUGAAUGCGUUUCCUUUAGUGUCUUCAUUUACAGGUGUAAAAGUCACAGAGGUGCUUGAAGAGGAGACUACAGAUAGUCCACAUGGCACACCAACUCUUUUACAAAUCGGUAACAUGGAAGCCACGCAAAAAUUACAAACACCCGCUGAUAACUUAACACCAAGUAUUAUCAACCUUGAUAACUAGUUUUUCAAUAACAAUCUGUAUAAUAAUUUUGAUAACAUGAUUACCUCCAUGGCCACCACUGCAACUACUGCGAAUACAAUUGUAACCACAGUUAGUAAAUCAUCAAAGAUAGUUACAAGCAAAAUUGAUAAAGUCAUGUACGAUAACACACAAUGCACGAAUAUGAUACCACCAGUUAGUAAUAACGAUGCUAAACAUUAUAGGAAUUCAGUUAAGAAACAGCAUGUGAAGACUUCAAGUAGUGUUCCGAAUGUUUAUAACAGUGUGGCGAGUGUUGCCACAACAAUAGCGCAGCCAUUUUAUGAUAAUAGUCAGGGUAAUUCAUCUCGUGCUGUUGUAUCAUCCGGAAUCAAUUUUAACUCGACUACAAAUCGGUACAAUGAGUAUAAUACGUUCAAUCCGUUUGAAUUGCCGAAAACUACGCAGUCAUUUGUGAAAAGUUAUAAUGAAUCGUCUUAUGUGAAUAAUAAUUGUAACUAUAGUUAUCAAUCCAGCGAUUAUAACUAUCAGAUUGGUAAGAAUAACUAUUACGAUGGGAAUAAUUGUAAUUUUUAUAACAAUACUAAUAGUAAUACUGUUAAUAACAAUACAAAUAACAAUUUGGUGGCUCAAAAUUCCAGCGGUGGUUCGAAUAAUGCUAAAUUUAAUAAGAAAUCAAAAGAGGUUCCUAGUAAAUCCAUGGUUAACUGGAUGGCGCCUGAUUUUUCAACAUCAGCAGCCAAAGUGACAAGUUAUUCGGAUAUUGGACAGAAUAAUUACUUGAAUACGAAUGCUCUAUAUCCGAAUGACUAUCAGAAUACUGUGCAAUCUAUUCCGGAUCAUCAAUCACAUCAGGAACAUCAAUUUGCUUGGUCGCCAACUAAAUUACCGCAGUUAUUAGACACUUCGCAAUAUUUAACACCAAGUACUCUUCCUACUUUAGUUGGAGACUUAGCUUUGGGUAUUGGUUCAUAUUCAGGAACUACUCAAACACCUCAAAAAGCUAAACACACGAAAAAACAAACACAAUAUGAGCCGGGUAAUAUUCUUUCGGUUAGUCAACUUGUUGAUCACACUCAUCAUAAUAAAGAUAAUUCUGUGGCGACGGCGAGAAUUACAAAUCGUCGAAAUAGUGGUAAUGGCGGUAAUAACAGGACUAAAACUUCAGCUGCUGCGAAAAGUGUAGCUAAUAAAAGACACAAAGAUAAAGAGAAAACACCAAAAGUGACGAAUUAUUCUGCUGAGAGUUUGAUUGCUGCUAAACAACAGAAUUAUCCGAAAACAAUACCAACAUAUUUGCCCGAUAAUAUUUUACCGUAUUUUCCGCAUAAUAUUGAUGAGAAUUUCAGCCAGAACAAUCAAACUUAUCAUCAGAAUAAUACAUUCCCGACGAAUUACAAUAAUAGUUUUAUUCCGCCAUCGACUAGUACGACUUAUUUGCCCGCGAGUAAUUUCAUGCCUGAUAUGUUUGAGAAUAAUCCAAUGGAGAACAUUUUCUCGCAUGUGAAUCCCACGAAAAAUGCCAAUCUGGCUGGUAAUACACAUAAUAAUAAAAAGAGUCCAGCGAAAAACACGAUAACCAAUUCAAACAUUACGAAUAUUGGUAAUGUACCAAAUGUGGGUAAUGUUAAUUUACCACCGGUUGUGGCCAAUGUUGCUACAACAUCAAAAAGUAAAAGCAAAAAGAAGGAGACGUUUGUGGACUUGAGUUUUCUGUCAAUGCCGUCCAUUAAUUCUCCAUUGCUGCAGGAGGAUUUCCUUCCUAAUUUUCUUCCUCCGCCUCCGAAUUCUAAUCAAUUAUAUUCGUCCUGUAAGAAUCCUGUUCCGGUUGCACCUGGAGUUCCUGGAAUACCAACUGAUAAUACUAUCAGGAGCCGAGCUAUUCAACAUCCGGAGAUUUCACCAGCGCCUGGUUCAUUGACCAACUUUAAUUUAUGUACAAUUUUCCCAGAGAUAAAUCGGACUGCCAGUGUUGUUCCAGAUGUGUUUAGAAACUACAGCAAUAAUUCAGGUCAAAAGAGUUCGAAUUAUUUGCCAAAUCUUGAGUGAAUUUGAUGUUGAAAAAAUGUAAAUAUUCAUAAUAUACAUCAUACAUGUACAUAGUAGUUUUAAGUAAUAAUUGUGUAAAUAGAAUGAAUUUUGUGCCCUUAAAUGGUAAAAUAAAUCCUUUUAUCAUCUGGA